AUGGCCCCGUCGGAAGAUCUCAUCAACUUCGAUGUGAUCGAAGGCCAGAAGGAGAACAUCCAGUCUCUUCCUGGCGGCCGGUCAGCAAAGAAGCUGGCCCAACUAUACUCGCCCACACCCCUUCAGCAGCUGCCGACGCCCUCAGACAUCAAGGACGCAAAUGAGCGCACAAGAGCACAGUACGAGGCUGAGGUCGCCGCCCUCUCCGAGUCGGAUGAUCCCCUCGACAUCUUCGACAGAUAUGUGAAGUGGACUUUCGACGCAUACCCUUCGGCACAAGCGACCCCGCAGUCGCAACUACACACGCUGCUUGAGCGUGCGACCAAGUCCUUCAUUGGCUCGUCGCAGUACAAGAAUGACCCGAGAUACUUGAAACUCUGGAUGCACUACAUCAACUUCUUCUCAGACGCCCCGCGCGAGACCUUUGUGUUUCUGUCGCGACACAAUAUCGGCGAGGGGCUUGCUCUCUUCUACGAGGAGUACGCCGCCUGGCUGGAGGGUGCUGGCCGGUGGAAUCAGGCCGAGGAGGUGUACAAGCUCGGCCUCGAGCGUGAGGCCAGACCCGUGGCCCGCCUGUUGCGCAAAUUCAACGAGUUCGAACAACGACGCGCUGCGCAGCCCGACGAUACUAACGCGCCCUCAUCUCCUGCUCUACCGACCGUCAGGGCCGCACUCGUUGCCAAGGUCGAUCCUUUCGCAGGCGCACGGGCAGCCGACCCGCAAGCACCACGGGCCAACCUGGGCGUGGGCGGCGCCGCUUCGAAACCCACCAAGUCAAAGCUCGCCAUCUUCUCGGACGCCGACGCAGCAGCACCGGUCAUGUCGUCGAUGGGAUCAGGCUCCAAGGGCUGGGACAGUAUCGGGUCUUUGGCGGACCGCAAGAAGGAGAACACAAUGGAGCCCAAGCCGUGGGCAGGAGAGACGCUCAAGGCAGGAGGGAAGAAGAGCAGCGCACCCAAGAUGUCCAUCUUCAGGGAUCCGGUGAUCGUGAAUCCCGUUAACGGCAAACGAGAACGUAUUUUUGUCAACCUCGAAGCCGUCUACCCGACGCCCGAGGAGCCAGGCACAGAGCUUAGUUUUGAAGAGCUAUGGGCCGCCAGCCGAGGAUGGUUGGAUUGUUCGUGGGAGGAAUACGAAAGUGAAUUUGAUAACGGACAGGAGGACUUCAUUGAUGAGAACUCACCGGUCGAUGUAUUGACCCAGAAGGUUGCGACCAAGCUGGUCGUCCACCACGACGUGGUCGAGCUGGACGAGAACGGCGCCAUCAAGGCCCAUCAAAAGCCCAGCAAGCCAAAGAAGAAGAAAAUGAUGGAGGUCAACGAAACGCAAGUUAUCAAGGCAAAGCUGGACUCGCCAUCUGGACCCAAGAUUCGCAAGAGGAGCACGGCUGAGCCCACCAUGACGCUCCACACCAGGGCGGCUACCGAUGAGAUCUACGACAUGUUCAACGCACCUCUCGAGCCAUCACAGGGCCAGGAUGAGAGCGACGACGAUGAGUACAUGACAGACGGCGAUUACACUAGUGGUGGUGAGAGCACUUGUACUACUCGCCAGAUCUCGAUGAGUGAGGCUGGUGAUGAUGAUGAUCACGACCAUGACCAUGACCAUGACGAAGAGACCUCUGAUGUGAAGAGCGUAAGCGAGUGGUCAGAUUUCACUGCCCGGAAGCACAUCCCAGAUAUCGACGGUGAGGAUGUUGACAUGGCGGACGAGGAGGGUAACGAAUCGGACCUUAUCGACGUCCGCGAUGAAGACCACUCUGGCCAAAUUACUGGUGAAAUCGACCCCCGAGAACGUCGCGACAUCAAGACGCCCACGGAUGAGGCACCGCCCCAAGGUUGGACGACGUUUGUACCCAUCCCGCCAGAGGAUUAUGUUCCCAACUCUCGGCCGUAUAGGGACCCGGUCGAGGUGGCUAACAAUCGCCUCCCGUUCAUGACGCCGAUAACAGAGCGGACUGAGAUGUCACUUACCGUCACUGCAGCCAAGUCGCGGUAUACCGCCACCCCGGUGUCUUCGCAAAUAUUGGAAGAUGACGAGGAAGAGGAGGACGAUGAAGAUUUUGAGCCUCUCAGCAGCCCCCUGCGAGAGAUUCUUGGCGAUAAUCGCUCCCCCGUCAAAAUCGCCCAGCCAAAAUUGCAAAAGACGGCCACGGCACCUGCCAAGACCAUCCAGAAAGGUCCCAUCAUCAAGGACGCACAGUGCAACCCGGUCGACUCCGCAGUUCGCGAAGAAAUCUUAAACAGCAUGCACCCUCCCUUGGACGCCUACCGAGGCUUCUUUGACCAUCGGGACAGCCGCUGCAACCGUGGCGCAGAAGUUCGCAGAUUCUCCAAGUCUGGGGCCAAGGCUGGCAAGAGUGGCAACGACCGAAGCAGCAUCGGCACCCCUGUUGUUCUGGAGUUUCCAGAGAUCAAGUCGACCUACACACUGAAGCGGGAACUCGGUGCUGGUGCCUUCGCCCCUGUCUACCUCGUGGAAAACUCGUGCCCCGACGAUCAUGCAGAAGAUGGAGAGGAGGCAUUGAUCGAGAUGGGUAAGGGCGCAUUUGCCACUACGUCUCGAGCCGCGCAGGAAGCAUUGAAGAUGGAGUUGCCCCCGACAGCUUGGGAAUUCCACAUGAUGCGCCUGUCAGCUACACGUCUCGGCCCUCAACACCGCGCAACUGCCAGCAUCUCCGCUGCGCACGAAUUGCACCUAUACCAAGACGAGGGCUUCCUCUUCUUGCAAUAUCACCCUCAUGGCACCUUGCUAGAUGUUGUCAACUUCUUCCGCGAGCAGCCCUCCCAAGCCAUGGAUGAGCCCCUCGCCAUGUUCUUCACUAUCGAGCUGCUACGCACUGUCGAGGCCCUGCACUCGAAGCAGAUUCUGCACGGCGACCUCAAGGUGGACAACUGUCUCCUCCGCCUGGACUCUCUCGCCGGUGAUCAAUCUCUGAGCAGCCAAUGGCAUGCUGAUGGCAGCGGCGGCUGGAGCUCCCGCGGGAUCGUCAUGAUCGACUUUGGGCGCGGCAUCGACAUGCGCGCCUUCGACCCGGAUGUGCAGUUCAUCGCCGAUUGGAAGACCACGGCGGCCGACUGCGCCGAGAUGCGCGAGGGCCGACCUUGGACCUGGCAGAUCGACUACCACGGCCUGGCGGGCAUCGUGCACUGCCUGCUGUUCGGCCGCUACAUCGAGACGGCCCGCUGCGACCAGGGCGGCCUCGGCACGGCAGCCGGCCGCCGCUACCGCGUCCGCGAGAGCCUCAAACGCUACUGGCAGACGGACCUCUGGGCCGCCUGCUUCGACGUCCUGCUCAACCCGGGCUCCUUCGUCGACGGCGAGGAUGGCGCCCGUAUGCCCGUCAUGAACGGCCUGCGCCGCGUGCGCGAGCAGAUGGAGGCCUGGCUCGAGGCCAACUGCGAGAAGGGCAUCGGCCUCAAGGCCCUCAUGGGCCGCGUCGAGGGCUUCGCCAGCGCACGAAACCGGAAGUAG